CGAUGUUUGUAGACACUGUGAACAUUUGGAGGUGAGAGUGUCACAAUCGAUGCAACAUUAAAAUGUCCAAAAAUAAGCGAAUAGCAUUUAUCUUCGGAGGCUUUGUCACGGCUAUUGCCGCUGCGUUUUACCCCAUAUAUUUCUACCCGCUCACACAUGAAAAGGAGUACAGAGAAGUCCAAAAGAUGAACCGGAGAGGAAUCAACCAGGCAGAUGUUCAGCCUGUGGGUGUGAAGGUAUGGUCCGAUCCAUUCAAGCCUGGAGGAAAAUGAUGACCAGUUACAGCUAACCCCUCACUGAUUCCAGACACUGAUGCUGAUGAAGACUUUGAACAGAGAAUGCCUUUUUGAUGAGUGCUUGGUGUGCGCGUGAGUGAAUGCUUUCCAGAAUGUGUUUUUUUUUAAAGUGAUAUGAAUAAAGUUUAAAGCUAUUACAACUAAAACAUGAUUCUUUAAAUGCUUGUUAACAGAGUUUUUGCUUUAAUGGGUAGUGCAUUGUGGUGACGUACAGAAAAAAAAAUCUGUACAGACUUUCUCUCACAGAAGUUUCGGAUGACGUGCUGCUGUUCUCUUUUGUCCACAAGGGGGCCCUCCAUGCCUGUCUGUUGAUUCAUAAGGCACUGGACUGUGUGAUGUUUUGUUUGUGCAUCUUAGAUAUUUUGGAAAAACUUUUGUAUUUCCAAAAGCCUUGCUCUGGUAUGCGGCCUGUAGGAAAUUAUAAUAAAAUACAGUGGUUUGUUUACC